GUCAGGUUUUAGUCAGCCGCGCUCCAGCUUAAGUCCCGCCCGCUCCGGCACCCAUUAUUCUGACAUAAAGUUCGCAUAACCCAGCCGAGACGCGCCGCCCCAGACACCCACCUACCCGCACCCUCACAGGUACCCUCAGCCUGGGUUCCGAAACACCGCUUCACUCGGCCCUCGAAUACCUCUAAUACCACGCGCCAUUGGCACCAUUCCCUCGCUGUGCUAUUUAGCGUAAUCAUCGACUCUCGUGUGGCCCCCUCUGUCCUGCUUGAAACAGACUACGCGCUUAUCCUUUUGCUGACGUAGCGUGCCUGCCCGGAGCUGUGCAAUAUCAUGAGCUUGCGCGAACAUCUACUAGCCGCCCAGUCUGGGCAGCCAGCUCCGCCCGCCUCGAGCCCGACGCUGCAAGACAUACACUCAAGCUAUCAGACGCCCACUCACCACCACAUAGAUCCAGCAAUCGGCGGCAGUCCUGGACAGCCAGUACCGCUUCACGAGAUGGAAGUUGACGGCUCCGAGACUCGCAGGGGCAGGCGCGAGUUAUCGACGUCCAAGCGAGCCGCCCAGAAUCGCGCAGCCCAGCGCGCAUUCCGCCAACGCAAGGAACAGUAUAUCCAGUCGCUCAAGGACCAAGUGAAAGAGCAUCAGACACUUGCACAGAACUACGAGACCAUACAGAAAGAGAAUUUCCAGCUGCGUCAGUACAUCAUCACCUUGCAAGCCCGUCUCCUCGAGUCACAUACCGAACUUCCACCCCCGCCGGACUCAAUUGACCUGUCGCGCGGUCCACCCGUGAUCGCCACGUCGUCGGCGCCGACCGCACACAUGGCUUCACCUAUGCUGGAGAGUCAAUUACAGGCCGCCGCUGUGGCGGCCUCGAACGAUCAAGAGCAAGAGGAUCGCAAAACAAUUGUCAAAGGUGCGAUAUGUUGAUUCUUUUCGUAUCUGCCCGUCUGUCGUCAUCUCCGUCGCAACGACACGACCAACGUAACAUCACUCGUAGUAUCUUUGCGCCGGUUCGACCUCGCACUUCUGGCACAUAAACCACUUUCCUUAACUCCGAAUAAGUCAUUCCUCCACAAUACAGGCUUUCGCUGACAUUCACAAAAGUGCAGCCCACGGACAGUAGCCCGAACCAAGCAUCCAGAGACGCGAGUGGGUGACUUUCGCCCUCCAUAUUCUCGCGAAAUCUUCACCCCUUGCAACGACGUUCACGCCCCUUGAAUCUUUACGUUCCGAUACCUUGAUUUUCCCCGGUACACCUUUCUCAUCGUUUUCCCGGUUUGCAUGGCUCUCUAUGAGCGCACUUACCUAUUUCCAUCAUCCAAGCGAAGCGGUUCCGAUAUCAGCCCGACGCUUUUUUUUUCUAUACUACUCGGCUAGGGGGAGUGCAAACUCGAAUAGGCGUUCAACUGGCGUUGUCACUUUUGGCCCGGAAAAAUCAGGUCGGCCAUGGGCAUGUUUACAUGUCGACCGUUUUUGUUUUGGCGCACACACUUCUGUAAUGUCAUGACGCGGUUUAUUUCCACUCGCGUUGCUCUUUGGGGGACCGGGAAGGAGGCCGAAUUGCUGCGAUCGAGGAAUGCAAAGCAAGAGCGGGUCACGAAGCGAGAAGAGUGGAAACACUGGAACGAUCCAGUAGGUGUACGCAUAUCCGUUUGCUUGUUCUGCGUGCAUGUGUGGCAAUGCGUUCAAUCCGCCUCGCGCAAUCUGUCUCCCGUUUGUUUUUCCUGGGCGUGUAUUGAUGCCAUUGUUGCUAUUAUUGGUGUAAAGCUCAGCUUUUGAUUCAUGUAUGACUACAUCCUCCUCGGCUGUAGUGCCGUGUUAUUGGGUGACUGGCAAAGUUGAGUUGGUAGAAGCAUGGGGUCUGGUGGUGGAAUGGGCCGCAGUGGUUGGAGGAAAUUUCCCCCAUGUCCUGGGCAUGAUUAGUCACGCAGGCUCGAGCUUUUUGAUGGCUGAGCUAAGGACCAUUUGUGAGCAGACUGUCAUGCGAUAUUUCGACUCAGAUCAGCCCAAAAGAAAAAGAAGACUUUUCCUUUGCUUACAGAUUACCACGGCAUUCUAAGCCACCAGCGCCUCUCCGUGGGGCUCUCUAGAAACGAGACAGGCGUUGGGAUUGGGGUCGAAAAACACAUACGGGGCGAAGACUCUCGCGUGACACACAUCCAGCCCAUUCAACUAAAUGAACGUGCCAUUAACGUCAACGCGGCCCAGGUUCUCGCCCACGAGAGAAGACCAAGUCACUCGUUAUGGCAGGUGGUCUGCACCCAACGUUACAACCACGUUGACUAGGCGCCAUGUGGACUUGCGAAGCGAUGCGAAUGCUCUCACCGCACGGAGGACACCCUGCGAUAGAUACCAACGUCAAGCUUCGGACGAGAGCGAGACCAUCAGCAGUCCCUUGAAUUGGUUUCACUCAGUGACGGGAUCGCAAGCCUCACAAGCCUGUCGGUCUGUACGCAUUUGCAACACCAACCCGGGCACCCGGGCAUUCAUUUGCUUACUAUACACGACGCCAGAGCUUUGCUAUGUAGGACCAAGUCUUUGUUGCCGCGAAGUGCCGUUCUAGGAGAGUGAGGCAUCCAUGCGUGCGGGACGACAGGGCAAGUAGAGCGCCUUCAUCAGCAUGAAGCUGUGAGCGAAGCAAUAAUACGCACGAUACGAUAGCAGAUGCCCCGAUCAGGGAAAGCAGACGCUCUUUACCGAGCACCUAACGCGGGCGGCCUGCCAGCGCAAAUGAACAAACCCGCCCCCC